AUGAACCCCUCUGAGGAGAAGCGAAGAGUUUUGAAUUCUGAACUCACCAAUUACUGGGCUACUCAUCAGCGACCAGAGGACUCUCGUGAUGCUGAUCUUAAAUUUGGCCUGAAGGGGGCAUUCAAGAUCGCCAUUCCAGAGAAUGAGCUAGGGCCUGCCAGUAUGCAAAUCUUUAAGGGAGAGGGUGUUGGAGAGGAGCUGAGGAUGAGAGAACAAAUAAGAAAGACAGAACGAGAUCUGCGAGCACAGAUGGAUGAGAAUGAAAAACGGCACAUGCGAGACAAGCACAUAGAGAUGCUUGUGAGCAAAGAGCUGGUGCAACAAGACGCGAGAGGGGCUCAACAAGCUGCCCUCGAGGAGGCGUGUAAGAGAGCUACCCGCAUCGCGCUCGAGAACUACAACCAGGCUCUGGCUAAAGAGCAAGCAGAGAAACUGGAGGAGCAACGCAAGAGAGAGGAACAGCAAAAUCUGGCAGAGAUGUGGCAUACAAUGACAUCUGACAUGAUGACAGAGUGUGCAGAGGCAACAGAGAGACAGGUGGGAGGAGGGAGGCCACCACAGGUUCUACCAGACAGGUGGAAAGGAAUGAGCCCUGAUCAGCUGAAAAGCAUUCAGCAGGACAGAGAACAACAAUGCCUUGAGAGACAGAAACAGCGAGAUGCUGAAAAGAUCCGUGAAGCAGCUUGGGAUCUGAAGCUGCUGAAGCUGUCCAGAGAAGCCGAGAAGGAGGACCUGAGAGCAGCCGAGCUGAGUAGAGAGCGGAGAAUUCAGAUGGACCGCUACAACGUGCAGCUGGCCCGAGAGCAGCUGGCACAGCAAGAGUACCUGAAUAAGAGACUGUACACCAACAAACCCACCAAGGACUACUUUUAUCAAUUCAACACCAGCUCCCGCUGACUGCCAAUGAGCUGACAUUAGCUUGUCCUCCUGUGGCAUUGGGCUAAAUAAACCUGGUUAAUCAAUGAA